AUGGGUAGUAUAUGGGCUUCCAUUCGAACAAGUCUCGUACAAAAAGUUACUGAUAUUCGUAAGAGGGAAAAGUGUAAAAGUCAAAAACAGAAACAAAACAAACAACCGCAACAAGAUCCUAUUUCUUUAUCUGAAGAUAAUCAUGAUCUUGUUUCUGUUGAAACAAAUAAUUCAACAGAGUUGAAGAUAUUAAUUGAUAAAAAUAUAGAUCUACUUGAAAAAUUUCAAAAUGAAGCACGAACACAAACUACAUCUGAUGCAAACGAUGUUGUUAGAGGUGAUGUUUAUCAAUCUAUACUAAAUGUUCAUAAAGAUUUUUUUAUGUCUGUUAUGAUUCAUAGUGACGGCAUUCCUCUUUAUGAAUCUAAAAAUUAUAAUGCAUGGCCUAUAUUAGAUGCUGUUUUGGAACUUCCAUCAUAUUCUAGAACUCGUACUGAUAAUAAUCUUCUUCUUUCUCUUUGGAUAGGAAAACAAAAGCCAAACUUUAAUAUUAUUUUUGAAAAACUUUCUAAAUAA